GCUUUCCUGUCCGCCGGAGGGCUCCGGGGAGGCGCGGCGGCGCUGGAGAGGGAGCCGAGCGGCAAGAUGGCCACGUCGAGGCUGCCGGUGCGCCGAGCUGCGCGCCUGCUCUCCUGUCUCCCAGGCGGCCGGGCGCCUGCCAGUCAGUGCAUCUUUCACGCCAGGAGACUGUUAGCUGGUGUACAAAGUGCCAGCGUGGCACAGUUCAUGUCCAGAGAGCGUUUGAGUCAAGCUAGCUGCGAGAUGAAUGGUUUGGAGAGGUCCUGGCAGAGGGGAAAGUGUGAGUGGAAGAGAUAUAUUCAAACAGAAAAUCAUGAAUCAGCACGCCUUGAAACCUCCUCUGCUAAAACCCUAAUGGACAUAGGAACUCGGAGGAUCUUCUCAUCGGAUCAUGACAUCUUCAGGGAAAGUGUAAGAAAGUUCUUCCAGGAAGCUGUGCUUCCACAUCAUGGAGAGUGGGAGAAAGCUGGACAGGUGAGCAGAGAGAUCUGGGAAAAAGCUGGACAGCAGGGCUUGCUGGGUGUCAAUAUAUCAGAAGAACAUGGUGGCAUUGGAGGGGAUCUUUUCUCUGCAGCAGUCGUUUGGGAAGAGCAAAUGUAUGUUAACUGCACAGGCCCAGGAUUCAGCCUUCACUCCGAUAUCGUCAUGCCAUAUAUAGCAAAUUAUGGUUCAAAAGAGCAGAUUAAGAGGUUCAUUCCAGAAAUGGCAGCUGGCAAAUGUAUUGGUGCAAUAGCUAUGACAGAGCCUGGUGCUGGGAGCGAUUUGCAGGGUGUGCGAACAUACGCAAAAAAGGAUGGAAGUGACUGGAUUCUAAAUGGCAGUAAGGUGUUCAUUACUAAUGGUUGGAUGAGUGAUGUAGUAAUUGUCGUGGCUGUUACAAACCGUGAGGCCCGUUCCCCUGCUCAUGGCAUUAGCCUCUUUCUGGUAGAAGAAGGAAUGAAAGGAUUCAUCAAAGGGCGUAAACUUGAGAAAAUAGGACUUAAAGCACAGGACACGGCAGAACUGUUUUUUGAAGAUGUCCGCCUGCCUGCUGGGGCCUUGCUUGGACAGGAGAACAAAGGCUUCUAUUAUCUAAUGGCAGAGCUUCCUCAGGAAAGGUUGUUGAUUGCUGAUAUGGCAAUUGCCAGUUGUGAAUUCAUGUUUGAAGAGACAAGAAACUAUGUUAAACAAAGAAAAGCUUUUGGAAAAACAGUUGCACAUUUGCAGACUGUGCAGCACAAGCUAGCAGAACUGAAAACGCAAACAUGUGUAGGUCGUACGUUUCUGGAUAGCUGUCUCCAGCUCCACUCCGUGAAACGACUGGAUUCUGCCACCGCUUCAAUGGCCAAGUACUGGGCUUCUGAUCUCCAAAACAAUGUGGCUACUCAGUGCGUGCAACUCCAUGGAGGAUGGGGAUAUAUGUGGGAAUAUCCAAUUGCAAAAUCUUUUGUAGAUUCUCGUGUUCAGCCAAUAUAUGGUGGUACUAAUGAAAUAAUGAAAGAGCUCAUUGCUAGAGAUAUCGUGAUCGACAAAUAGGCAUCUAUUUAUACUAACGGAUAGCUCCAGAUCCCAUUUCCACUGAUAAGGAAUUAACAUUGUGCCAAAAAUAAAAAUAAGGAGACAGUAUGGUUCUAAUUGAAGAAGAAACAGCAGCAAAAGCCUGUUUAGACAUUAACAAUAAAAAUGUUUGUUUUUGUUGAUCUCCAAUGUUUAACUUAGAAUAACUGUUAAUGAUUUAUUUCUCUUAUGAUUUAACUCCCCAAAUGCAAAAAACUCUUACAAGUAUUUGGACUACAAGCACAAAAUUCAUGAUGUCAUCUAAAGCUGCAUUAUUUAAAACCUAAUGCAAUUCUUUUCUGUUCUGUUCUGUUGGAGGAUGAUGUGAAAAAUUUCUACUGUAGAAACUGUAAAGCUCUUUGGAAAUAAAUGUAGGCCCAUUUCUGACAAAAAAGAAAUAAAUAUACCUCUUCUAAUGAUCUGAAUGGGUAUGCUUCUCUAUAAGCAAAGAAGACAACAGGUGGGCAGUUAAUCUUCUAAUGUUACAGAUGAUUGCACAAAAAGAGUGACAUUUGUAUGCAGCCUAAAGUGCCUUCCAACAUGUAACUGUAUUUUGUAUAUGACAAUAAAAGAAAAAACUUAAAUAAUAGUAA